AUGAAGAAAAGCGAUUCACUAUUAGUUCAUGCUGGUGCUGGAAGAUUUGAUCAAGCAGCUAUUGCAAUUGCUCUUCAUAUGGAAGGUAUUGUUUACACUACAAUAGGAAACAAAAACUAGAGAGAAUUCAUAAAAAAAACAUUCUCUAAGGUAUUUCUAUUCGUCUAUAUAUAAUGAGUUAUGUUGAUUAUUUUAAAUUCAGAGCACAGCAAGGGAUCUAUUGGUUUAUUGGUUUUACUAUGAUGUGUUUUUUUAUGUACGUGUGUGUGUUUGUCUGAGCCAUUUUUGAAUAGAAAACUUAAUUUAAGCCAGUGUAUUAAUUGUAGCAUCUUUUCUAAAAAGAAAUUUUAUCUAAUUGGUGCAUUGGAGAGGUCAUUUAUUUAAAUUGUCUAAGGGAUUUCCAUAAUAAUCAGAAAAAAUCGGGAAAAAAUUAAAGAACAAAAUGUAUAGCAUACUGUGCGUUACUGAUUACAUUGUUUUUACUUUUAGAUUUUGAAUUAGGCGAAGUAGCUUAUGGUUUUACAACGAUUUUUUUUUUUUAUCUUUGCAUACAUUUUUAAACCAAAACACUUAUUCAGAUUGUAGUAUAACAGCUUUUCUGAAAGGAAAUCUGUGUUGGGAGGUAGUAUGUAAGAAAAGUAGGAAAAUCGGUACACCAUUAAAUAAAUAUUAUAUAAGAAAAUAUUAAAGCUUAUUUAAUUAUUUUACUAUAAAAUGACAUAUAUUGUUGACUAAGUAUCACCAUCAACUGAACUCCGCUCAGAAACUUUUCAUAAACAAUGAUGUAUCGUUACUUUUUCAUAAAAUGUAUAUACAUAACAGAACACAACGUUAGAACCUUAGAACGUUCUUUUUUAAAUUUUUUGUUUAUUUUGCUCUUUAGAUUUUAUUUUAUUUUUUGUUGCUUCAAUAAAUAUCCCAUUAAAUCAUUGGUUUUAGAUAUGUCUUUAAUGCAGCGCUUAUUUUGGUUUAACUAUAUCUGUAUUGUUGGUUUUAGGUCCCAAUUUCGAAGAGCAGGCAUAUUAAAGUUAAUAAAAAUGUAUUCAAUUUCCGUUUCUACAUAAAAAUUUUUGACGACUCAUUGAUUUAAGAAUAUUACUUUUACUUAUUUAUCGUUCAACAUCAGCGCUGUGAGGUUUUGCAACUAUAAAUAUAGCUGUGUUAACACAAGGAAAUAAAAUAGUAAUAUUUUAAACUCGUUGGACCUAAUCUUAGAGCUUUUUCAUCAGUAUCAUUAUCAGUUCCAACAGUUUAUCUUCGAGUACAGCUACCCAACCAUCAACUAAAUUAAUUGAACUUAAUUUAAUUUUGUUUACAACUAACUUAGUAUGUUUAAAAAAAUCCAAAACCAUUAUUUUAUCACUUUGAAUAAUUUGUUGAUAACGCCUAAAAAUGGUCAACACAUCUGCCAAAAAUGCUAAUACAUAAAUAGUGUCCUUAUUAGUUAAUAAUAAUAAAAAAAACACGUUAGACUCAUAUAUAACCAGAGCUUUCCAUGAAAUUCAUAUUGCGUUAACUAUACUAAUAGAAAGGUUAGGUUAGGUUUGAAAAAAUGUUGGUAUCCAAAGAGCACCUCUUUGUUAAACUUGCACUGCACCCAAAAUAAUACUGCUCUUCGACUCCUUUUAAUGACAUUGUUUGGAGUAUUAUAUAAAUUUAUCUAUUUGUGAACGACCCACUGAUCAAUCGCAAUGCAAUGGCAUAGAUAUUAUUUCCGAAAAUGUUUUUUUUUAACUUAAAAUAAUAAAUAUAGUUAGUAGUUUACAUUUUCAAUUUAUAAUUAUCAAUCAUAGUUAUAAGUAUACAAAAUGAAUUUUUUAUUUCAAAAACACAUAACACAUUAAUACCUAUAGUAACAAUUAUUUGCUGUAUUAUCUUAUUAAUACAACAAUAAAUUAUGAAAAAUCAAAUACGUAAAAGUUGAUUAUCAAGUGCGCAUCUAGGUUUUCUAAAUACGCAAAAUAGAUCAAACUGCACUUUAGAAUAAGCCCUGCGCCUUUUUAUUUAUACUUAUUGUUUGAAGGUCUUUUUUUAAAGAAAAUCGUAAAUAUUAAGGUCUAAUAAAUCAUGUGUAAAAGAAUUUUACUCAGAAUAAUUGUCUAUCGUUGCUUACAGAUAAAAAUUAAAUAACGUAUAUACAUAUUCUACCUUUCCAAUUUCCCAUCUACAACAAUGACACCCAUCAGCAGUAUCAGCUCUUUUUUUAAAAUUUGUUAUACUAAUUAUCAGGGCUAGGAUUUGUAUACAAUAAAAAAAUUUAAAAUAUGCAUUUAAAUUUUUAUAAGAUAAACACAAAAAUAUAGUUACAAAAAAAAUUUUUAUUUAUUGAAAUACAUUAGUGAUUGGCUGUUUGUCUUAAUAUAAUAUUAUUGAGAAAUAAAAUAAAAUAAUUUGGAAAUAAAAUUUUUAAUUCACAUUCAUUAAUGGAAAUACGUGUGUUACAUGCUACGACAACAUAUUUUUGAAAAUUUUUGAAUAUAUAUGAUCGGCGAUUGGAUCGUAAUAUUAAUUUAUAUUAAGUGAAGCUCAGUUCAACGUCACAUGAUGUAGUUAGUGCAUAUUUAAAUAAAGAAAUUUGUCUUGGUGUUAAAUUACAAUUGAAAUUGUCCUCGUUCGAUUCGCCAUUUAAUAUUUUAUUUAUUGAUUGUAGAGGUUUAAAUCUUUUAUUUUUUUGUAAAACCAGAGAUAUUUUGUUUUUAACUUUAUCUGCGACUUUUCCGUUACACUCAAGAAGUCGAUUCCUAGCAUUUUUUUAUAAUCUGUAAACUUUCAUGAAGUCUUUAUCCAUCAAACUAUUUAAUCAUUUAUCGCAUACCUAUUGUACCAUAAAAUCGUAAUUAUAAAAAUAAAAUUUAUGUUUGACAAAAAAUCAAGUUUUAUACUUUAAUCAGCAGGACUAGAAUUAAAUACGAAAUAUACUGUGAAACAUGAAUUUUUCGCAUUCUUAUAAUCGAAAUAUGGAAUAAUAUUCAUUAUAUUCAAUAUAUGCAAUAAUAUGCAUUGUAUCCAAAAUAUGCAAAAUAAAAACACCGCCACUUAUCUCAUCAUGAGGUGAUUCGUGGAAAUUACUGACAAAAUCUAUUAUCAGAUGUCGCAAAAAAAACAUGCUGUUGCAUAUAAAUCCUAGCCCUGCUAAUUAUAUAUUUCUGGAUUUCAGCUAACUGAUAAAAAUAUUGCGAACUACCGUGAUACCAGUUUUGAAUAACAUGUAUUAAGGGAAACCAAAGGACGUAGUGUUAAUUUAGUUUUAAACUCAUUGUCAGAAGACAAACUACAAUCAUCUGUGCAUUGUUUGGCUAAAGAUGUCAAUUUCUUGAAAAUUGAUAAAUUUGAUACGACCAAAAACAUAACAGUCCAUAGAAUUCUAUUAAAUUCGUUGUUUGAUGCUGAAUUUAAAAGUGUAGAUAAGAAAGAAGUUGUCAGACUGCUCAAUGAAGGUAUAGAAACUGGCACUGUCAACCCUCUUCCCAUUUCGGUAUACUCAGAAUCUCAAAUACCUGUUGUAUUCCGAUUUUUUGAAUCUGGAAAACAUAUAGGCAAAUUUGUAUUGAAAAUUAGAGAUGAAAAAUUGAAGGCUAUAAUUAAACCAACUACAAAACUAUUUACUUCUAUUCCACGAUCAUACAUGAAUUCAGAAAAGAUAUAUAUACUAGUUGGAGAUCUUAAAGGAUUUGAUUUUGAAUUACAUGAUUGGCUAAUUGUUAAAGGAACAAAGAAACUCAUGCUGGCUGCUCGAAAUGGAAUCACAACAGAUUACCAAGCUUCUAUAUAA